AUGUUUCGCCCCGGAUUCGUAACCCUACGUCGUGGUUUCCCUAGUAAAGUUCUUUUGAACUCUUCAAGACACUUCUUCACCGUUAACAAUGGUGCCAAAAUAUCUUCCAGAACUCAUGUGAAAACAGCUGCCAAAGCUUUGACAGCGGGUGCUCUGUUAGGCUUUUUGAUAUCCGGGUCGCUCAUUGGCUUGGAGGAACCCAAAAAAAAUGUUGAGAGCGGAAAAAUCGGUUCUUCGUCAGCUCCUGAAGUCAAAUCCGCUCAAGAUGCAGUGGAAAGCAAAACUUCAGCACCAGAAACCAAAGAGGCUAAGGAGAAUAAAACCGAUUCCGACGAUAAGACUAAACCACAAUCGGCAUACGAUCCAGAAACCGGAGUGAUCAACUGGGAUUGCCCUUGUUUGGGUGGAAUGGCCCAGGGACCUUGUGGUGAAGAGUUCAAAGCCGCUUUCUCGUGCUUCGUUUACUCUGAAGAAGAUCCAAAGGGUGUUGAUUGCAUAGAGAAAUUCAAGGGCAUGCAAGAAUGCUUCAGGAAGUACCCUGACUACUAUGCCGAGCAGAUCAAGGACGAGGAAGACGCUGCGCAUGCUGCUCAAAAGCUCGAGUCUCGUAAUGACCAAGAUGAGAUGGUUGAAGAUGCUCACAACGUGCAUCCAGAAGAAUCAGCUCCGGUCUUGCAACAGCAGUCUGAGUUCGAGCCCGCUCUGAGCGCCGAAACACCUCAACAAGAGGCUGAGCCUGAAGCCAAAAAAUAA